GUAAUUUCGGCGAAAGGAAAGUGAUUGUGUCUGCAGGUGAGACUGAGCACGACAUUUGCAGUUCUCGCACGGAAUUUCACGAGGUUUUUGGUUCAAGAUUGUAAAGAGGAAAUAUGCAGUCUGCAUCGAUGACACAGCAACCUGUACCAAUGGUGCAACCAGUACCAAUGAUACAACAACCCAUGUCAACUGCCCAGCAGUUUGGAAUAAGGAAAGGUUUUGCCAAUAAAACAAUCACCAGUUUUGGCAUCUCACAAAUUGUAUUGGGCUCAUUGGCUAUUAUAUUCUGUAUUGUGACUCUAAGUGUUGAUUGCCAUCCUGUUUCAUAUGUUAGUACUGGUAUUUGGACAGGAAUAUUUGUAAUAGUGACUGGAAUAUUGGGAUGUGUUUCUGGUUAUAAGAAAAAUAACUGCACAAUCAUUGCUAACAUGGUAUUGUCAAUCAUAGCAGCUGUAAUGGCUGGUGCAGCAUUGCUUCCCAUGUCUGCAGUUGGUGUUGCUGUCCAGGAAAGAUGCUAUUAUUAUUAUUAUGAUUAUGAUACAUGCAGCUCAGGACGCUAUGCAAGCUGUGUUGCUUCUCAUAGUAUCAAUUUGAUCGUGUCCAUCAUAGUUGGCGUCAUUGCAAUCCUCAGUGCCUGUUUCUGUUGUCGUGCUGUCUGCUGUAAAAAAACACAAAACGCAAUGUAUUUCGUUCCUUCUGCUCAGCCUGGUAACACAGCUCAGCAAGUCCCUAUGGUCAACAUGGCAUCAUCACAGGGGACACCAGUAGUUUAUAUGGUGCCAUCUACAGGAAUGCAAGUCAUCCAACAAGCACCAGGUGUACAACAGUAUCAGCCUAUGGUAGUUUCUGGCAAUAAUUAUCCACAGCAGCAGCAGCAGCAACAACCGCAACCCACCAUGAUGAUACCACAGGUACAGUUCACUCAACAAACCCAACCCCAGCCAAUACCACAGGGACAGGUCAAUCAACAAACCCAACCCCAGCCAAUACCACAGGGACAAGAACAACAGAAUAUGGGAGCAGAGAAAGAAGUGGAUACUUCAUCUCCUCCACCGUCCUACUCUAGCACUGCAGGCAAUGAAUAUGUUGCUGAUACCCAGACAUUACCUCUGGUGCAGUAAAUUUGGAAAGUAUGUGAAGGCAAUAACUUGUUAUUCAGUUUUCAUGUUACUAGUACUGUAAAAUACUUUUAUUUUAGCUGGAAUUAAUUUUCGUUGAAGCGACUUUUUGGGUUGUAUGUUAAAAUAUAGGAAAAUAUAUUCGCUGUAUUUUAUUUUCACUGAAUCAUUCUCUCAGCAAAAAUAGUGAAAAUUAAUUCCAAGCGAAAGUAAAAGUAUUUUACAGUAUAUGGCACAAGACCAUACAGCAAGUGAUUGUCAGUUAAAUAUAGCUCAGUUGUUCUCAAUUUAUCAUAAACUUAAUAGCAGUGAAAUUUGUACCCAAACUCAUUUUCUUGAAAAUUACGUUGGUGACCUACCAAAUCAAUAUAAUUACAUUGCCCUGAAGUAGUUUAUUGAAAAAUGAAUGAAUUCUGGGUAUUUCUAUCUUAACAUUUAUCAGUCAAUCGAGUUUUGAGAAAAACAAGGCUUUUACACCCAAUGUACAUCACUUAUAAUGCAAGAAUCACAUUGUAAUAUGACACUGAUUGACUAUGGUGGUGCCGCUUUAUACCCACUGUAAAUAUAACCAAGAUAAAUUAUAUUGUUUUUGUUGGUUAAACAUCUUAAAUUAAUGUUUGUACAAGCUGUAUUAUAAUUACUGUUGUGAUGUGUGUUAUCAUUUUAUGCUUUUCUUUAUAUAUUCAGAUUCUUAAUAAUUGAACACCUUAGAACCAGCUAAUUUUAAAGAGGGAUAUUUUGUCAAAAGUUGUCUGAUGGUAAAUGAGUUAACAAAAAAAUUUGUAUUAUUUCACUAGUCUCUGGGAAUUAAUUAAACUUACUGUAGGAUUGUUAAAUUACAAAAUUUAAUAUAGAUAAUACAUUGUAUUUUAAAUUCUAGACUGGUUAUUUUUGGAAUAUGUUCCUUAUAUAUGUAUUUUAUAUAAACCUGUAACCUUAUAAUUAACCCUUUGAAUAUAACAGGAUUUUUUUUUUCAAGUGGCGGUUUCUUUUAUGGGUAAUCACAAAUUUACACACUGGUGUUUCUAUGUUUUUUGGACUAUUUUGCAUACUGAAUAUGUGUAUCUUAAAUGUUCAAGGUAUAUUGUUCCACCUUACUGCCUCCACAUAUUGUCUUGUAAGAAAGAGGUGCAUGUUAGUUGCCCCGUCUUGCACGGAGAUUAUUCAGACAAUAAAAAGGCAAAAUACA